AUGGCCUCGUACCAGCUGCUCGAUGUCAAGGAGGAGGAGGAGCUGUACCGAACGCGGCUCCUGAAUGUGGAGGAGAAGCCAUUCAAGCGCAUUACCAAGCGGCUGUCGACGCUGCGCGAUGUCGUAGCCGUGAGCUGUGUGCGGCAGGAGCAGACGCCGCCACCGGAAGUAGGACCCGGCGCCGAGGCAGACGGCAGCCCCAAGGCAGACAAGGCGGACGCCUCAGCCGAGGACGGUACCGACGGUGCAGCCGUGCUCGCAGCCGAGAUUGAGCAGCUGCGCGAGGAUGUCACGCUCGACUUUGCCGCGUUUGACGCCAGCGUGGCCCGGUUGCAGUUUUUGCACCAGGCCAACGGUCGCGAGCGCGAGCGCUACGAUGCCGACCGCGGCAGCAUCGCCGAUACCUGUCAGGCCGUCCGCGACAACAUGGCCGUGCUGCGCGUCCAGCUCGACCGGGCCCGUGCCACUCUUGCCCAGCGCAAGCUGUUUGACGAUAUGGCCGACCGCAUCACCAGCUCGCGCACGUUGCGGCCGCGGCCCGACCAGCAGGCCUCCAUCGCCAAGCUCGAGGACGAGUGCCGUCAGCUCGAGCGCGACGGCGAUGCCUACGCCGAGACCUGGCGCGAACGUCGCCUGCAGUUCUCCCGCAUUAUGGACGAAAGUAUGCGUCUGCGCCGUCUCAUCCGCGACGAGAAAGAGGAAGUCGAGCGGCGCGAAGGCAUGGACGACGAGGAUGGUGGAAGCGGAAGCAACAGCAACGGCAAGUCGGCCACAUUGCCGACCGGCUCCUCGGCCACCGCUCCGGCAGCACCGGCCUCGGUCGCCGGCGACAGCCAGCCCACACCCCAGCCACCGACACUGUCGUCCGCGCUGGAGGGCCAGACCCCCGCGACCACCCUCGACAGCCCUGCACCAGACUACGACGGCGGCUUGCGGCCUGGAAGUGGCGGAGGUGCAGGCGGUGGCGACAAUGGCAGCAGCUUCUCGCGCUCCGGCAGCCGGCUGGGGAGUCGUGCCGCCAGCCGUGAGGUCACACCCAAUCCCGCCACGGCAGCCGCAGAAGAGGGCGACAACGAGGCCGACGGGAGCGACGACGUCGACAUGGUGGAGGCCGGCGAGACCACAGAAGCAGGAGAGGUAGAUGCUGCCGACGCAUCACAGCUUCUGACUGCGGCAGACACGCCGAUGAUCACGACGGCUGCUGCCAGUCCGACAGACGAUGGAGAAGUGAUGGACACGACGUGA